GCCGCUCGCGCCGGCGCGCUGCGGCUGGGCGCCGGCCUUUGUCCGUCUGCGGGCGCGCGCCGCUGCGGUGGUCAAGAACAGCCCAUGGAAGACUCCUAUGAAGAAGUGGCGAUUACGGUCUUAGGGCAGGAGUGGACAUGUUUGGAUUUCCAACAGCUACCCUGCUGGACUGUCAUGGAAGAUAUGCCCAGAACGUAGCGUUUUUCAAUGUGAUGACAGAAGCCCACAAAUAUGACCACGCUGAGGCCACGGGAUCCUCCAGCUGGGAUUUCCAGAGUUCUUUCAGAAGAGAAAAGCUGGAACAGAAGCCGCCAGACUCCAAGGCGCUGCAGGCAGACUCCCCCGGAGUAAGACAGAAGGUUUACGAGUGCCAGGAAUGUGGAAAAUCCUUCCGGCAGAGAGGAAGCCUCACGUUGCACGAGAGAAUCCACACUGGUCAGAAGCCAUUUGAGUGCACCCACUGUGGGAAAAGCUUCCGGGCCAAAGGUAAUCUUGUUACGCAUCAGCGAAUACACACGGGAGAGAAGCCCUAUCAGUGCAAAGAGUGUGGGAAAAGCUUCAGCCAGCGAGGGAGUCUGGCUGUCCACGAGAGACUGCACACCGGCCAGAAGCCGUACGAGUGCACCAUCUGUCAGAGAAGCUUCAGGAACCAGAGCAACCUGGCCGUGCACAGGCGAGUCCACAGUGGCGAAAAGCCCUACAGGUGUGACCAGUGCGGAAAAGCCUUCAGUCAGAAGGGGAGCUUGAUUGUCCACAUCAGAGUCCACACAGGCCUGAAGCCAUACGCCUGCACCCAGUGCAGGAAGAGUUUCCACACCAGGGGCAAUUGCAUCCUGCAUGGCAAAAUCCACACGGGAGAGACGCCUUAUCUUUGUGGCCAGUGUGGGAAAAGCUUUACCCAGCGAGGGAGCUUGGCUGUGCACCAGCGGAGCUGCUCUCAGAGGCUCUGAACGCCUUCCGCAGAGGCAGUUCUCCUUCUGAAUGAAGGGUACAGAAUCCUCUGCCGUCUGACAGCUUCUCCAGCUACAUGGGGUAAGUGGAGAGUCUCGGAAAGACCACCACUGGGUACAGCACACUGACUUUUUCCUCUCCCCCAGAUGAGUAUAAGAAAUAAAUGUCUUGUUUAU